GGGAGGCAGCGCCCGUACAUACGCACCCGCGACUUUGCAGCUUUCACCUGAAGGUCUGAGCGAAGCCCGGGCGGCGCACGUGCAGUGGAUACCUCCACCCCCCUGGGAGGCGGGGUCGCGCUCAGAGCCAAUGAGAGCUUGCGGGGUGGAGGGGUAGGGAAGCUUCCAGAGGCCGGUGGGGAGGAAGUUAUAAAGAGGGUACGAGGGGGCCAGCGGGAGAGCCAUGCAGUCCAAGCGGGAUUGUGAGCUGUGGUGUGAGAGGGUGAAUCCAGAGAACAAGGCGGCGCUGGAGGCGUGGGUCAGGGAGACAGGCAUCCGCCUGGUGCAGGUGAACGGGCAGAGGAAGUAUGGCGGGCCACCCCCAGGCUGGGUGGGCAGCCCGCCGCCAGCUGGGUCAGAGGUGUUCAUCGGGCGGCUGCCUCAGGACGUGUACGAGCACCAGCUUAUCCCGCUGUUCCAGCGCGUGGGCCGCCUCUACGAGUUCCGCCUGAUGAUGACCUUCAGCGGCCUGAACCGCGGCUUCGCCUAUGCCCGCUACAGCUCGCGGCGCGGCGCGCAGGCCGCCAUCGCCACGCUGCACAACCACCCGCUGCGGCCGUCCUGCCCGCUGCUCGUGUGCCGCAGCACCGAGAAGUGUGAGCUGAGCGUUGACGGCCUGCCGCCGAAUCUGACCCGCAGCGCGCUGCUGCUUGCGCUGCAGCCGCUGGGUCCCGGCCUGCAGGAGGCGCGGCUGCUGCCCAGCCCCGGACCGGCGCCAGGGCAGAUCGCUCUGCUCAAAUUCAGCUCGCACCGGGCCGCUGCCAUGGCCAAAAAGGCCCUGGUGGAAGGGCAGUCACACCUCUGUGGAGAGCAGGUGGCUGUGGAGUGGCUCAAGCCAGACCUGAAGCAGCGACUUCGCCAGCAGCUUGUGGAUCCCUUCUUGCGGUCCCCACAGCCAGAGGGCAGCCAGUUGGCUUUGGCAAGGGACAAGUUAGGGUCCCAAGGGGCUCGGGCUACCCUGCAGUUGCUGUGCCAACGAAUGAAGCUGGGCAGCCCUGUGUUCCUCACCAAGUGUUUGGGCAUAGGACCUGCUGGCUGGCACCGCUUCUGGUACCAGGUGGUGAUUCCUGGGCAUCCAGUGCCCUUCAGCGGCCUCAUCUGGGUUGUGCUGACCCUAGAUGGCCGGGAUGGGCAUGAGGUGGCCAAGGAUGCUGUGUCUGUACGGCUGCUGCAGGCACUUAGUGAGUCUGGGGCCAACCUCCUGUGUUCUGCUGGGGCUGAGGCAGGUACCAUGGUUAAACAGUGACUCCAUUCUCUCUCCACAGGCACCCUGAAUGGGCAUGCCGAGCCCGUGGCAGGCCCCAACCCAGCAGGCCUGGGUGGCCACUAUCUGACCCCCAAAGGUGGGGAGGGGCAUGGGCCCAGGCCCUUCGGCCUCCCUGCUGGGACAGGAACCUGUGGCACCUGGGAGCAGCUUAGGUUUGGCUUAAGUUGUGGUGAGGGGCCUUGCCCUCCCCCUCCCAGCCCAGGGUCCAACCUGACCCAGUGAUCUUACGUGGCCAUUCCUUGUCCCACCCCCACCCGAUCAUACCUUCCCCCCUCUGCCACAGCUUAGCAUGAAUCUUUAUUGUCCUGAUUUGUCCUCUUUGUUGGUUUUUAUUUGUGGGGAAGGGCAGCUGAGCCAAAGGGGUCAGAAAUUCUGCCCUUUGCCUCCAACACAUGGCAUUCUGGUUUUGGUUUCUGUAUAGUUUUGGGUCUUUCUAUGCUGGUUGUAUUUAUAUUAAACCCCUGGUUAGUAUAUACUUGUGUCUGUGCUGUCUUGCCCUAGCUUAGAGUUUGUUUAUACUGGUAGAGUGAAUAGCUGCUACGGGGCAAGUACUUCCUCACAUCAGUGUUUUGAGUGCAUCUUCUUGUGCUGUACUGUAGGGUAUUAUAAAUUCAUAUCCAGGCCAGGUGUGUUGGCUUUUGCCUGUAAUCCCAGCACUUUGGGAGGCUGAGGCAGGUGGAUCACCUGAGGUCAGGAGUUCGAGACCAGCCUGGCCAGCAUGGAGAAGCCCCGUCUCUACUAAAAAUACAAAAAUUAGCCUGGCAUGGUGGCAGACACCUGUAAUCCCAGCUACUUGGGAGGCUGAGGCAGGAGAAUUGCUUGAACCUGGGAGGCGGAGGUUGCAGUGAGCCGAGAUCACGCCAUUGCACUCCAGCCCUGGCAACAAGAGCGAAACCCUGUCUCAAAAAAAAAAAAAAUU